AGCAACCGUCAGAUUCCGUCGUUCACUGACAAGUCGAUGGGUUCCGAAGAAUUUCCAGGAGACCGGUUAAUUAAUGUUGGCCUAUGCGACGAAGUCAGUCACGCAGUAAGAUCUAGAACAGUUCAGGAAUUAAUGUUGGAGCAAGAAACCAACUUCCGCUGAGACGGUCCCGGGAACUACAAAAAUUGGGUUCAUGACUGUUCAUGAAAACAUCGCCUCCAACGCCUUCCAUUUACUCAAAAUGUCGUCAGGCUGACCUGUGCAGGAUCUACUAAUACCAUUCAUUUGAAAAUUACACCUAAAUUUACACCUCCUGAUUAAUCACGUCCCUCCUUAAAAACCAGUGGGCUUUGUGCCUUGCUGAACCUCACUAUUCCCCUCUUCUAGACUUGCCUUCAACUUUGCUUUGAGCAAUUCAUGGAGGAAAUCCACCUUGAUGCGACUUCUAACUUCCCCUCUCUAUCCGACGCACUCUGCCAAGAACUCAGAUCGGCCGUUCGCGGUGAGGCACACCGGAGAGGUGAUCCUAGCUUUCUGGAAUAUUCUCGAAUGUUCAACGGCGACAUCAAAGUUUCUGCUCGUGCUGUCGUAUGUCCCCUUGAUGCUCCGGACGUUAGCCAAGUCAUCGUGUUCUGCAGAAAGCAUUCACUUUCUGCUUCCGUCAAAGCUGGAGGCUAUGGCACCGCUGGCUGGGCUGUCGGAGGCGACAUUAUCAUCGACCUCUGCAAGAUCACUGACAUUGACAUUGAACCUCCCGCUGCCGAUGGCUCUUUUACUAGUAUUCGAGACAUGCCUUUGCUCGGCAUCAAAGGGAAGAUCAGAGCUGGUUCAUCACUUCUAGAUAGCUAUGCUACCAUGUCCAGCGGUAAGCGAAGAAGGGAAGAUGAUGACGAGCUGAGGUCUUACGACCUGGCGUCCCCAACCAUCGCAAAUUUUCUACACCCGAGAGGAUCAUCCGCCCCAUUCGCCGAUCGUCCUCCCGUCACUCGCCGAAGGCUGGAAUUCUCAACUCCCGUGUCGGAGACCCAGCAGAUGUCCACCUAUUCUGCGACGUCGGGCAGUAGUUCCGGCCAUAACACGACGAUGUUGUUAUCCCCUAACUCGCUUAGUUCUUCUAUCGCCGUGGCUUCUACCCUCUCCUUGGCUUCUCAUAUUUCAUCCAUGGAUGGUGUCACUACUACUGUUACCCCACCACCUCCGCCCCCAUCUUUAUCCUCGCUGGAUGAUCCAUUUUCCUAUCUGGAAGAUACCCCCACCAAUCCCGUACCUGUGGCCUCCACUUCUCGGCUUGCCCAGUCCAUGCCCAAUGCAUUGUUUGCGACACCGAGUUUCCUCGAGUCUCCAACCAACAUUCUGACAUAUGCAACGCCUAUAUACUCGCACGCCUUCAUGACCUUUGGUGCAGGAAAGAGACAGAAGGAAAUCGAUCAGUUCUCGGCAGCAAACCCUCUAGAAGCAAUGGCACUCUCUGGCGGACGCGGCGCUGUUCCCUACCACGUCCCAUCUGCGGCUCAUCCCGUUGGCUCGGCAAUCAUGAUCUUAGGAGGCUUUGGAUUCCUGGGCCGUUUACACGGCUUGAGCACUGACAACUUGGUAGAAGCAGAAGUUGUUAUGGCGGACGGUCAAAUCGUGAUCGUCAGCCAGAACGAACACUCAGAUUUGUGGUGGGCACUGCGCGGUGCUGGCCCUGCCUUUGGUGUCGUCACACGCUACAAGGCCAGAGCUUAUCCAGUUCCCGUUGUCUUCGCAGGUAAUCUCAUCUACCGUUUUCAUCGCGCAACUGCGCCAUCACUAAUCAAGCACUUUCGCGAUUGCGUGAAGGGUGCUCCCCGGGAGUUAUAUGCCAAUGUCCUGCUUACGGCUGGGCCUGCAGGGCAGGAUUCCCUAGUUGUCAUCCAGAUGUGCUACAUCGGUCCCAAGGUGAAGGGCCAGGAGUUCUUACAGGCCAUUUCAUCGUGGGACGGUGAACGGUGUCUUCUCAAUGAGGUCGACGAGAAGUCCUUCCUUCAUCAACAAGAUAGCGUUGCGCAGGUUCUCCGAGGAAAAGCAGGAAACAAAUGGUUCAUACGAUCUGCGCUUAUUAGCUCACUUCCAGACGAUAUCGUGAAUAAGACGGUGAUCCAAUUUGCGGACACGCCUGUUGGCUGCACGUGGCUGUUCGAAUUGGCUGGUGGCGCCCUCGGUGACUUUGGAGAUAAUUGUAUACCGAAGGCACAACGCCAGGCUUCCUUUACUGUUGCCGCGUUGCAUCAGUGGGAUAUUGAUUUCCAGGACCCGCGCUGUGUCCAUUCUGCGGAGGAGUGGAUUGCAGAAACUUUGGCACCGGUGACGCUCGGUGGCCCCUUGCCAAGCUUCUUAGGCAGACAGGAACCUCCCGGUCGUGUCAUUGCCUGCUACGGCGAGAACUGGGCUAGGCUGUGUGAAUUGAAAAAGAAGUAUGACCCUGACAACUUCUUUAGGAACUCGUUCUGGCCACUUAAUGCAGAGGGGGAUAUCAUUGAACCUGAGGAGCACGAGCCUCAGCAUAUCCAGUUCUGAUCUAUUUAAGAAUUUCUCGUUCCGUUAUUUUAGCUAGGUAUUUAGUUUAGUUACGCCUGCAGGAUCUAGGGUGGGUCUGUUGUGCAUGUUUGUGCACUGUACGUCUUUACGGGCUUUCGGAUUACUUUCGGACCUACAGAUAUGGUGACUGGGUAGUAUAGCUAUGUAGCUUCUUGAUUGGACCGGUCUCUCGACACAGGGUUUGGGCGUAUAUUAUGUCGAUGCUUUGCUUUGUUCUCUCUGGACAAGGAAAUCACUAUUGGUUCACUUCUC